GAAUGCCGCCGCCGCCCCGGGUGCGUACCCACGUCGCCGUGCGUUGUGACGUCGUCGCGCUCCCCCUCUGGAGUGUGUGUGUGUGUGUGUGUGGUGGCUGGAGCUGCCCUGCGUGUGUGUGUCUCUGUGCGUGCGAGUGUGAGUGAGCGAGUGUGGGAGCGCGCGCGCGCGUGUAUGUAUGUCUGUACGUGGGGUCCCCGGGCGUGCGCGCGCGCGUGUGUGUGUGGAACUCGGUCUCCCCGGUGGGGCCGGAGCGGGCCGCGGCGACGGGAGAUCUGAAAGGAUCUGUCAAAGAAGAGGAAUCACAAAGGAUCUACAGGGAGCCAGGAGUUUCUGACUGACUUCUGGGCCACCCCUAUUUCCCUACCAGUGUGAAAAUUGGUGUCGUGGCGCUGCCUACCUGCUAACCCCCACCCCACCCCACCCCUCCUUGAAAACAUGUGAGGGGUGCCCCUUUCCCUGUACUUUUCCUGACCUCCCCUCGGUGGGUGCGUUGCUGCUAAGGCCGAGGCGCUGGCCAUCAUGAUGUUCCGGGAUCAGGUGGGCAUCCUGGCCGGCUGGUUCAAGGGCUGGAACGAAUGUGAGCAGACGGUCGCCCUGCUCUCCCUCCUCAAGCGCAUCUCUCGCACCCAAGCCCGCUUUCUGCAGCUGUGCCUGGAGCACUCGCUGGCCGACUGCACAGAGAUCCACGUCCUGGAGUCUGAAGCUAACAGCGCAGCCGUCAUCAACCAAUGGCACCAAGAGCCCAAAGACAAAGUGGUCUCCCUGCUCCUCUCCCACCUGCCCCUCCUCCAGCCCGGCAACGCAGACGCCAAGGCCGAGUACAUGAAGCUGUUGCAGAAGGUGCUGGCCUACUCCAUCGAGAGCAACCUCUUCAUCGAGGAGAGCCGGCAGCUGCUCUCCUACGCCCUCAUCCACCCGGCCACCACCCUGGACGACCGCAGCUCCCUGGCCCUGUGGCUCAACCAUCUGGAGGAGCGACUUUCCAGCGGCUACCCCAGCCAAGGCCGGGCGCGGCCAGACGCGGCCUACCACUCGCGCCAAGGCUCCGACGACUGGCAAGGUCCUGGGGAGACGGGCCUCGGAGACCUGGGCCACGGUUGGCAGGAGAAGGCGCCGCGGGAAAACGGGCACAUGUCCUUCCACCCUGCCGGCUCGGGCAUCAAUAGUCUUGGGAGCAGCUCGGGCAGCACAGCGCUUCCUUGCCAAAUCCACCCCAGCCCGCUGAAGCGCUCCAUGUCGCUCAUCCCCACGGGACAGCAGGUCCCCAGCGAGUGGAUGAACGUGGAGGAGAUGGGGGCCCGGCCGGCCUUCAUCUCCAGCGGGGAGCACGCGCCCCUCUCGCCCCAGAGCAGCGUGGCCUCCUCAGGCAGCGAGCAGACGGAGGAGCCGCCCAGCAGUCGGAACACCUUUCAGGAGGACGGCAGCGGCAUGAAAGAUGUUCCCUCGUGGCUGAAGAGCCUCCGUCUCCACAAAUACGCAGCCCUUUUCUCCCAAAUGACUUACGAAGAGAUGAUGACUCUCACAGAGCAACAUCUGGAAUCGCAGAAUGUGACCAAAGGAGCGAGGCACAAAAUUGCCUUAAGUAUCCAAAAGUUGCGCGAAAGGCAGAGUGUCCUGAAGUCCUUGGAGAAGGACGUUUUGGAAGGGGGCAACCUAUGGAAUGCACUCCAGGAACUGCAGCAGAUCCUCACCACCCCCAUCAAGGCCUUCCACACUCUGCAUGCUGCGUCCGCCUCCAAGGAGGCCCAGCCACUGGCAGCUGAGCCGAGAGGGGGGCCCACGCUGGGCCUGGAGAAAAGCAGCAACGAGGACAAGGAAGCCACCGACGACCCCUUCCCGCCCCCAACAGGCUCCCCGUGCGACGGAGAAUCCGGAGCGGCACCGAUCGCCGAAGGGGACAUUGCAGGCCAGUUCACUCGCGUGAUGGGUAAAGUGUGCACGCAGUUGCUCGUCUCCCGGCCAGACGAGGAGAACAUCACCAGUUACCUCCAACUGAUCGAGAAGUGCUUGAUGCACGAGGCCUUCACCGAGACCCAGAAAAAGCGCCUCUUGUCCUGGAAGCAGCAGGUCCUGAAGUUGCUCCGGACCUUCCCGAGGAAGGCCGUGCUGGACAUGCAGGGCUAUCGCCCCCAGAAAGGGUGGGCCUUUGGCUCCAACUCUCUCCCCAUAGCUGGAUCUGUGGGGGUGGGGGUGGCCCGCCGAGGACAGAGGCAGUUCCAGAUGCCCCCCCGUGCCAUCCCCCCAAGCCGCAUGGGGAUCCUGAGUCCGGUGGGGAUUGGAGGGGUCUCCCCACGGCACGGACUGACCAGCCCGAAUCUGGGGAGCCAAGGUCGGCAGAACCUCUGGUUUGCCAAUCCCGGGGGCAGCAACAGCAUGCCUGGCCAGAACCGCAGCUCGGUCCAGCGGACCCACUCUCUGCCCGUCCACACCUCCCCUCAGGCCAUCCUCAUGUUCCCACAGGAUUGCCAGCUCCCUGGAACGGAUCUGGAGAUCAACCCCACCUUGGAGUCCCUGUGCCUGAGCAUGACGGAGCACGCGCUGGGCGAUGGCACGGACAAGACCUCAACCAUCUGAAGAAGCUGGAUCUGCGGGCAUAUUCCUGAGAAGCUUUAGGAUGGCUGUUUUAUUUUUUCUCCUCCUCCCCCCCAUUCCUUUUGUUUGUCUUUUUUUGUUUUAAGCCCCUCCCCCAGGGGUAUGUCACUACGGGGGUAGGUGAAUAAUUUUUUUUUUGUUUUCCUUUGACCUCCCCCCCCCUCCUCAUCCCCCCCAAAAAUCGCCCUUCUCCAGCGUUCCUUAGCAGCCAGAGGAAGAGAGGAGAAAAAACGGUCACUACAAUCUUUACCAUCUUGUCUUCUAAUAUUUUUUUUCCUAUUUUUUUUUAUUAUUCUUAUAACUUCAGAUAUUGGUUUAAUAUUUUUGAUGUACAGGGGAGGGGGGGGCGGCCUCCCCCUGUUGAACGUGCAGACGCGGGGGCCUAAAUUAGGCCCGGUAUAAUUUCCGAUUUUGGUUUUCCUCCCCUCCUCCCCGGUGCCUCCCCCGCUCCCAGGGACAGGGAAGGUGACCCCCCCCCCCUGAGUGGAACCAGAGGUCACACUGGAAGACCCCCUCCUCUCGCAGUGGGGAUGGGGGAGGCACGGGGGAGGGACGAGAGGGCCGUUUUCCCGGGGAGUCCUGGGUCAGAAGAGCAGGGAGGAGGAGGAAGAGGAGGGAAAGGGUGCAGCAGGUGACUUAAACCAUUUUAAAAGUGCCUCUAAUACUUGCUUCUACCAAGAGUGGUGAUGGGGUGGGAGGGGGGACCCCAGGGAAAGGCCCAAGGGAGGGGGGGGUGUUAUCCAGCACACAAUUGGUGUUUGUUUUGUUCAUUUUAUCCUCUUAAAGCCACCGCCUCUUUUGAGGACCCAGACAGACAGACAGACAGAGUAGCCUAGGCGUCUCCCAGGAGUAGCAUGGGACUUUUUUGUUUUUAACCCCUUCAGUUCCUGCCCAGUCAGGCUUUUGUGCCCUCCCCCCCCCACUUCCUUCCUUCCUUCCUUUUUUUAAACGUGGCAGUAUUAAGCCUAGUUCUGUUGAAGCAGUUUGGGAGGAUCGGAGAUCCCCCCCGUUUAGGUUUCAGAAGCCGGAUUCUCAGUUGAGCUGAUUUUUUGAGUUCCUGGCAUGGGUUCCAGGCUCCCUUCCCUUUCCCCUUCUCCCCCCCUCCCCAACCCCAGGCUGUGGAAGGGGGCAGGGUGCAGGGUGAACAGUUGGGACACCCGUGCAGCAUCUCCCCAAACCUCUCAAAAAGCUUUUCUCUCCUCCUUCAGUCAUUUGGGAUAAUUGUGUGUCUUCCUUUGUUGAGAGGGACGGUGGGGAGGUAGGAUCAGGGCAAACUGGCCAUAGCAACAGGGGUGGGUAAGUGUGGGUGGGUGGGGGGCUAUUUCCCCUCCACCCACAGUGUUUCCUGGUACUUAGCAAAGGCGAGGAGGAGCAGCCGGGCUGAAUUUGCAAAGCUGGGCAGAAGAGGCUGGCAGGGAAGUGAUCCGGGAACCCUGGAUCAUGGCUGCAAAUUGGGGCUGGGAGGGGGCAGGAAAGACGUUGGGGACACAUCCGAGUGGGCUACAAGGGGUGUGAGGGGUGGCUGUGCAGGAGACCCUGACUCUUAUGGGGUUGGGCACCACCAGCCCCCCCCCCCGCCCCCCUUUCGCACCUCUUCUCUAGCCGCCUCGUUUACGGUUUCCCAGUUUUCAAUAGCUUUACUGCAGGAGGGAGGGGAGGGCAUUACUUCCCCUCCUGCCCCCCCCCCCUGCCCAGCCUCUUCUCCUUCCCCAAGGAGGCCAUGCCAGGAAGGACAGGGCAGAGCUGGGCUGGCAAAUGGAGGUAAGCAGGGUGGGAGUCGAGCGAGGGUGGGGGCUCCACAACCAGGGGGCUGGGAAAGUUUACCCAAGUAAGGUGGGGGGUGGGGGUGGAGGGGGCCGGCCCAUGGGUUCUGCCCCCUCCAACUGGGCACGGUGCCCCUACUGGGUGGUGGUGGCAGCGUCUCUUGGCAGCCCCUUCCCCACCCACCAGCCAGUUCCUAGGUACCGAAUCCUCCUGGCCGCAUCCCCUCUGCUCUCCCACCCACCGCUGUUUGAAGCCUGCGGAGCCUUUUUCCAAAGUGUGUCCCGAGAGAGAGAGAGAGAAGUGUACAAAAGAACAGAAGAAAAAGACGGGGGGGAAAAAAGAAACCAGAGAGAGCUACUGUAUUUCUAAAGAAAAAAAAGAAAAGUAGAGAGAGAGACAAGGUUUCCUGUUUGAAAUAGAAAUGUUAUUUUAGAUACAUUUUAUUAUGAAUAACUUUUGUUAUGACUAUGGCUGGUAACCAUGAAAUACGUUAUUUAAAAAAAGAAAAACACACACACACAAAAUGUUUUACAAAAAAGAAAAGAAGAAAAAAAAAGAUCAAAUUCUGACUUUAGAUUGCUUUGUUUCGGAUUUCCUUUUGCUGCUUUCCACCCCCCACCCCCCACCCCCGUCCCCCCCCCACCCCCCUCUCCCUGGUUUUUUGUUUUUUGCUUUGUAAAAGGCACAUACAGAAUUUAAGCAUUAGUCCUUUUUUAUUAACCUCUAUGAUAAAGCUGUGCUUAUUUUGUA